GUGGAGGGAGUGUGGAGGGAGCGUCGCUGCCGUGGGGACCUUGGCUGUCAACCCUGGAACCUCAUGAGAGCGUCACCGCCUCCCCCUGACCCUCCCGUGGACAAUCUCUGGAGCACCCGCUCACCGUGGCUCCCUGCCCACGCCUGGGACACGCCUGCCCACCCUGCCCACGCCUGAGACACGCGUGCCCGCCCUGCCCACGCCUGAGACACGCGUGCCCGCCCUGCCCACGCCUGAGACACGCGUGCCCGCGCCGCAGCCCUGCCCAGCCCGCGCCGCCUCGCCCCACCCCUGGGGCCCUCUGCCAGGCAGGACAUGGACUCCAUGUUCGAGGACGACAUCAGCAUCCUGACGCAGGAGGCGCUGGGGCCGGACGAGGACUGGCUGGACAGCCCCAACACCGACCUGUCCGGGGAGAUGUGCUCGGCCUCGCACUUCGCCCUCAUCACCGCCUACGACGACAUCAAGAACCGGCUCACGGGGCUGGAGAGGGAGAACUCCACGCUCAAGCGCCGCCUCAAGAUGUACGAGGUCAAGUACCCCCUGAUCGGCGAGUUCGGGGAGGAGCACAUCUUCUCCCUCUACGAGGCCAAGGAGACGUCGCUGCUCAAGAGCGAGAAGGCGUCGCUGCAGCAGCAGCUCAACCAGUUCCAGCACGAGCUGCAGAAGAGCAAAGAGCGGGAGGAGCAGCUGGAGGAGAUGAUCCAGGCGUACGAGAAGCUGUGUGUGGAGAAGGCUGACCUGGAGACCGAGCUGGGAGAGAUGCGGGCGCUGGUGGAGACUCACCUGAGCCGCAUCCGGAGCCUGGAGCAGCAGCUGCGGCAGCGCGAUGGCAGCACCUUCCCGGGGCUGGGCACCCCCCUGCCCGGCCAGGAGGUGCCUUUCAUCAGCCUGCACCCCAACCCCGGGCUGAGCCACGUGCUGGAGCGUGCCGGGGGCUGGCAGAGCCGGGGGCUGGAGGCUCAGGGCAGGCUGGAGGCUCAGGGCAGGCUGGAGGCUCAGGGCAGGCUGGAGGCAGAGCUGGAGGCGGCCCGGCAGGAGAACCAGCGCGCCCAGCACCGCGAGGAGCACCUCAAGGCCGAGUGCGAGAGGCUGCAGGCGGAGCUGAAGCACCUGCAGGACAGCCGGGAGCAGGAGCAGUCGGAGCGGGACAUGGCCUGGGUGAAGAAGGUGGGCGACGACCACUCCCUCCAUUCCCUGUGCCCACCCCGGGACGUGGCAGGGGGACUUCGCACCCCCGUGUCCCCCCCACACUGCCAGCGCCACUCCCCGCUGUCCCAGUGCCACUCCCCGCUGUCCCAGUGCCACUCCCCGCUGUCCCAGUGCCACUCCCCGGCCCAGCAGCGCCGCUCUCCUGCCCCUCAGUGCCCCUCUCCCGCCCCGCCGGGGCGCUCCCAGUGCCAAUCCCCCGCCCUGCAGCGCCGCUCGCCUGGUCCCCCCUGCCAGUCGCCGGCCCAGCAGCGCCGCUCGCCAGCCCCUGGCCCCUGCCAGUCCCCCGCCCAGCAGCGCCGCUCCCCCGUGCCCCCCUCCAGCCAGUCCCCCGCCCAGCAGCGCCGGUCCCCAGCGCCGCCACCGCCCUGCCCGUCCCCCGCCUCGGCGUCCCCGCACCGCCUGCCCGGCGAGAGGAUGGAGCUGGGCUACGCCAAACCCUCCAGCCGCCACAUCAAAGCCGGCUUCCAGGGCCGCCGCAGCUACUCGGAGGUGACCAACGUGGCCCUGUACCAGCAGAGCCGCUCGCCCUGGCUGCAGCCCGAGGCCUCCACGCUGCCCAAGCACCGGCCCUAUGGGGAGGUGUACCUGGGGGGCGCGGGGGCCCCCCUGAGCGCCCACGAGCCCUUCGAGGAGCACGUGCGCUUCGAGAAGCAGUCGUCGGACGAGGAGGAGUGGGCCCUGCCCAGCCCCCCCAGCCCCGAGGCCGGCGCCAUCCGCUGCGCCUCCUUCUGCGCCGGCUUCCCCGCGCCCGACGCCGACGCCCUGCACCGCACGGCUGCCGCCUACGCCCGGGCAGAGCACGCCCAGUCCUGGCCCUCCAUCAACCUGCUGCUGGAGACGGUGGACUCGGAGGUGAGGAGCUGCCCCCUGUGCCAGCUGGCCUUCCCCAUCGGGUACCCGGAUGACGCCCUGGUGAAGCACAUCGACUCCCACCUGGAGAACAGCAAGAUCUGAGCCUUCCCCCUGUCCCUUCCCGACCUUUGGAUGCUGCAUGAGAACACUCCAGGAGCUCCAAGGCUCCCGAAAUACCUCCAAGUCUUCAGUAGCUACAGAAAGACUGAGCCCCCCCCCCCAACCCCGGAGCCCCCCAGAACCCCCCAGCCCCCUGUAAGUGGGUUCCUCGCCCCGUCCCUGCAUCCGUGCCAGGUUUGGAUGCUGGAAUUGGGGUGCCAGGAUCACGCCAUCCCAGAUGGUGGCUGGAGGGGACCUGUCUGUGCCCUUGGGUGUCCUCUGCACCCUCGGGUGUCGCUGCUUGAUCUCAGGGAGGAUCCGAGGGGCCGGGUCCUGGAUCCGGCCCCCAGGAAGUGGGUGAGGGGAAGGGGCUGCCCUUUCCCCUGCUCCUGGGAUCAGAGCUGGGGUUUGGGGGGGCAGGAGGGAGGGGCAGCUGCUUGUUCUCAGUCCCGCUCUCCUCAUCCCACCAGUUCAAGCACCUUUUACACUAAAAGCACCCCCUCCCCUCAGUUUCUCCCCCUCCCCCUAAAGAUGCUGCUGAGAAAUGAACCCCGGGAUGCAGCAAGGACCCCUCUCCCCACAUUACACUGGGCUCCGUGGCCCUGGGGGCU